GGUGCAGAAAAGAAAGACUGGCUGUGCUCUUUGGAUUACACAUACCAUUUGGACAUCUGUCUAUAAUUCUUUGGUGAUCCCAACUGAAAAGCUACAUUGUCCUAAAACAAGCAGGUAUGCUCUCUGAGGGAUAUCUUUAUGGAAUUCAGCAAUGGUAUGAGGAUGACAUGAAUACAAUCAGUCAUAACAGGACAACAGAUGCAUCAAAUGAACAAAUGAGUGCUAUGUGCAGUUUAAAUUACGCUUCCAAAUGUGAAACAAGAAGCAGGAGAUUUUUCAGCAAGCUUGCUUUCAAAGGAAGGUGCACCCCUACUGUCCAGUCAAAGAGAAUUUUACCAAAUACAGAACCGGCAAGUGAAUUGGAGCGAGGAAUUGACAACCUGCUGUCUGAAAGGGAAACAUCGCCCUCCUUAGCAAUAACCGACUAUUCAAACCCAAGCAAAGAAGCAUUUUUGGUUCCAUCCUCCUGCAAAGAUAUGUGUACAGACUAUAAUGAUCUGCACAUAGCAGGCGACCAAGUAAGGGCUAUGAACUCUGAACUCAGUGACUUGACUUGCACGCGCAGCUUUGAUUUUUGUGAAGGUCCAUUUUUAGAGUCAUCCCAAAUACCUCCAACUAUGGAAUCAAUAAAUACAGCAAAUGACAUGGCAAAAAAGCCAAGCAAAGGUGACUUUUCUUGUUGGAAAGCAGGCAGUAUUAAGGAUAAAAGUAUUAUGCAACAUCAGCAGCCACUCUCUAACUCCGUGUUAAACGAGUACUUGGAACGCAAGGUUAUUGAACUUUACAAGCAAUACAUAAUGGAUAUGAGCAGCAAUACAACUGGUAUUAUGGCUUCAGAACUUGUUAUGAACAAUGUACAGCAGAUUAGCAUGCAGAUUUCAAGGGAGCAAAAUAUGGAAACUACUAAGGCCAAAGACAUGGUCAUUAGUUUUUUGCUUAGAAUAGCAAGUGAGAAGCAGUCCAAUGUUGUCAGUACCCCAAAUUUACAAAUCUCUUCUGAUGAAGCUUGAAGAUAUUGUGCUCUUGGGGCUCUGACCUCUGGCUUGUUUGAAUGCAUAGCAAAUGGCUGCAACACCCAGCAAGGGGCUAUAGUUGUAAAUGUGACCAGAAUGUGUUUUCAAAUUGAAGGGCCAGUAACACCAACAAAUAAAAAGGUUCUGUAUAUAAAUCGUGAAAAUAAUAAUGAGAAUAAAUACAAUCCAGUUUCUCUUCACUAAUAUAAGCUGCUGUGUAGCUAUAGGGCUGACAAUCAAGUUCCAGUAGAGUUGUAGGGAUCACAUUUGCAUAGUAGAUACGUAACAGAUAAGCUUUUAGAAUAUAAUGGGUUAGUAUUUAAGUGGCAAUUAAAGGUCAAAUACAUCAUUCUUGGAUAUCUUAGAUGCCCCCUUCAAAGCAGUUUAUUUGAAGGCUGGAAAGAUUAGAAUACCUUCAAAAAUUAUCUGCAUUGACUACAAUUCACCAUUGUUCUAGUGAUAAUUUGAAUAGAUUGUUCACCAAUUCUGAAACAUUUGGUUUUCAUUUUUUAUUAUCUGUGUUUUUUACAUUUUUUGAUCAGCACCUCUCAGAUUGCUGAACAAAUAUAUAUACAUGGUGUCCACUUACUAAAGUGCUUAAAAAUCUACAGUUUGUAGAUCCUAUAUAUAGUCUAUAAACUGAUGAAUGACGCUGCUUAUUUUUGUGCACCUUAAAGGGAUACUGUCAUGGGGAAAUUUUUUUUUAAAAAAAUUAAUCAGUUAAUAGUGCUGCUCC